GCGGGGCGUUGCUGAGGGAGGCCGCGGGCGAAGAGGAGGGUGCGGAGCAGGCGAGACGACGGGCGCUAGAGAGGACGCGGCGCUAGAGUGGCGGUGCAAAGGGACCCGCGGCCCGGGGCCGGCGAGGAGGCCCAGGGCCUUGCUGCUGCCAUGACGGAGGAGAGCGAGGAGACCGUCCUGUACAUUGAGCACCGCUAUGUCUGCUCUGAAUGCAACCAGCUCUACGGAUCCCUGGAGGAGGUGCUUGUGCACCAGAACUCCCACGUGCCGCAGCAGCACUUUGAGCUGGUGGGCGUGGCUGACCCUGGGGUCACGGUGGCCACAGAGGCAGCGUCGGGCACAGGCCUGUAUCAGACCCUCAUACAGGAGAGCCAGUACCAGUGCCUGGAGUGUGGGCAGCUGCUCCUGUCGCCCAGCCAGCUCCUGGAGCACCAGGAGCUGCACCUGAAGAUGCUGGCGCCCCAGGAGGCGGCGCCGGCCGAGCCCCCGCCCAAGGGGCCCCCGCUGAGCUCCAGCGCCAUCCACUACGAGUGUGUGGACUGCAAGGCGCUGUUCGCCAGCCAGGAGAUGUGGCUGACGCAUCGCCAGACGCACCUCAGGGCCACGCCCCCCAAAGCUCCCGCCCCGGUGGUCCUGGGGUCCCCGGUUGUCUUGGGCCCUCCUGUGGGCCAGGCCCGAGUGGCUGUGGAGCAUUCCUACCGGAAAGCAGAAGAGGGCGGGGAGGGAGCGGCCGUGCCCUCCACGGCGGCCACUACCGAGGUGGUGACGGAGCUGGAGCUGCUCCUCUACAAGUGCUCCGAGUGCUCCCAGCUCUUCCAAAUGCCGGCCGACUUCCUGGAGCACCAGGCCACCCACUUUCCGGCCCCCGCCCCCGAGCCCGGGGAGCCCGCGGCCCAGCAGGAGCCCCUGGUGCCCUCGCCCGCUGAGGCGGCCUCUCAGCCCGACCCCCUGCCGGCCUCUGACCACAGCUACGAGCUGCGCAACGGCGAGGCGGUGGCACGCGAGCGCCGGGGCCGGAAGCCGCGGAGGAACAGCGGGGAGCCGGGGGGCGCGGGCGCCCAGGACCUGCUGUGCUCGGCCUGCGACCAGCUCUUCCUGUCGCCCCGCCAGCUGCAGCAGCACCUCCGCAGCCACCGGGAGGGGGUCUUCAAGUGCCCGCUGUGCAGCCGCGUGUUCCCCAGCCCCUCCAGCCUGGACCAGCACCUGGGCGACCACAGCAGCGAGUCUCACUUCCUGUGCGUGGACUGCGGCCUGGCCUUCGGCACCGAGGCGCUCCUGCUGGCGCACCGGCGCGCGCACACCCCGAACCCUCUGCACUCGUGCCCCUGCGGGAAGACCUUCGUCAACCUCACCAAGUUCCUCUACCACCGGCGGACCCACGGCGCCGGGGGCGUCCCCCUGCCCACCGCGCCCGUCCCGCCCGAGGAGCCGGCCGGCAGCCUCCCCGAGCCGGCCCCCGCGGAGCCCGGGGCGCCCGAGGCCCCGGAGCUGCCGGCGCCCGAGGAGCCCUCUGCGGAGCCCGCGGCCCCGGGCACCUACCGCUGCCUCCUGUGCAGCCGCGAAUUCGGCAAGGCGCUGCAGCUGACGCGGCACCAGCGCUUCGUGCACCGGCUGGAGCGGCGCCACAAGUGCAGCAUCUGCGGCAAGAUGUUCAAGAAGAAGUCCCACGUGCGGAACCACCUGCGCACGCACACGGGCGAGCGGCCCUUCUCGUGCCCUGACUGCUCCAAGCCCUUCAACUCCCCCGCCAACCUGGCCCGCCACCGGCUGACGCACACCGGGGAGCGGCCCUACCGCUGCGGGGACUGCGGCAAGGCGUUCACGCAGAGCUCCACGCUGCGGCAGCACCGCCUGGUGCACGCCCAGCACUUCCCCUACCGCUGCCAGGAGUGCGGCGUGCGCUUCCACCGCCCCUACCGCCUGCUGAUGCACCGCUACCACCACACGGGCGAGUACCCCUACAAGUGCCGCGAGUGCCCGCGCUCCUUCCUGCUGCGCCGCCUGCUGGAGGUGCACCAGCUGGUGGCGCACGCCGGGCGCCAGCCGCACCGCUGCCCGGCCUGCGGGGCCGCCUUCCCGUCCUCGCUGCGGCUCUGCGAGCACCGCUGCGCGGCCGCCGCCGCCCAGGCCCCGCGGCGCUUCGAGUGCGGCACCUGCGGCAAGAAGGUGGGCUCGGCCGCGCGCCUGCAGGCCCACGAGGCCGCCCACGCCGCCGCGGGGCCCGGGGAGGUGCUGGCAAAGGAGCCCCCGGCCCCCCGCGCCUCGAGGGCCGCGCGCGCGCCCGCCGGUCCCUCCCCCGCGGCCCUGGGCGGGGCGGCCCCGGCGGCCCCCGCGGCGCCUGCGCGGAGGCGGGGCCUGGAGUGCGGCGACUGCAAGAAGCUGUUCAGCACCGAGACGUCGCUGCAGGUGCACCGGCGCAUCCACACGGGCGAGCGGCCCUACCCGUGCCCGGACUGCGGCAAGGCCUUCCGCCAGAGCACCCACCUGAAGGACCACCGGCGGCUGCACACGGGCGAGCGGCCCUUCGCCUGCGAGGUGUGCGGCAAGGCGUUCGCCAUCUCCAUGCGCCUGGCGGAGCACCGGCGCAUCCACACGGGCGAGCGGCCCUACUCCUGCCCCGACUGUGGCAAGAGCUACCGCUCCUUCUCCAACCUCUGGAAGCACCGCAAGACCCACCAGCAGCAGCAGGCCGCCGCUCGGCAGCAGCAGGCCGCGGCUCGGCAGCAGCUGGCGGAGGCGGAGGCCGCCGUGGGCCUGGCCGUGAUGGAGACCGCGGUGGAGGCCCUGCCCCUGGUGGAGGCCAUCGAGAUCUACCCCCUCGCCGAGGCCGAGGGCGUCCAGAUCAGCAGCUGACCGGCUCCCGCUGCGCUCUUCAGCCUCGCCGCCCAGCGCCGGCCCCAAACCUGUGUACAUAGUGUAUCCUCUCCUCUCCCGCCCCGCGAGUCCUGCGGCUAACUCUCUCUCUCCGGAGGGGCUGGCUGUGGAAAGGACCCCCCCCCCCGUGGUCUCCAGAUGGAACGGUCAAUAAAGACUGAGUUUGGA